AUGAAAGAGAUACACCGUAGCAAGAAUGCAUUACAGAAGGGUUUUGUUGCUGAUUUAGUGGCGAGUAAAGGUCCUUGGGUCAUCACUAGAUCCGAAGGAAAUGAUACAGAAAUACGUGUACAUUCUUAUGAGGGUGAUUUACUUGCCUCUGUUGAUACAAAACAAAUCAAUAAUCUACAGCUAGCUGUUAGUGAUGAUGGAUGUUUAUUUGGUUGUGCUGCUUGGAGCCCAGGAGUAAAACUCUUUGAAGUAAAAGCAAAAGAAGGAAACUUUCAAAAGGCAGGGGAAGAUACAAAAAUAAUUAGGGAGGCAAAUCUUCAAUUACCUGAUUAUAAUAAUACAACCCUUCAUUUUUCUCGUGAUGAUUCUGUUAUAAUAGUUGUAUCUGGUUGUUCUUUGUAUCUCCUUAAGACAGAAGAUCUAACCCUAAUUAAUGCAAUAGAGAAUAUAACAUCACAACCAAUUGAGAAAUUAAUCGUCGCGCCUAACAAUAAAUUUAUGAUUAUAAGCGCUGUAAACCCUAAACCCUAA